CCAAACCAAACCAAACCAAACAAAACACACACACACAUACACACACACACACACCACCGCAAUGCUCUUUCGAAGUUCCUCCGCCCUCCUGGCGGUCCUGGCCCUGUCCACGACCGACGCCUUUGGCAUCCGCACCGCCGUUCGCAAACCGUCCGCAGCGGUGAGAGUUUCUGUUUCUUCCCCCCUUUCCGCCCCGGUUGCGACCCGCCUGGGAAUGGCCGAGGAGGAAACCACGGAGGAGACCUCCGACGGCGAGGACGCCCCCGCUGCCGACGACAUUCUCAGCUCCCCCGCCUUUCUCAAGCGAAAGGUGGAGGUCCUCGAGAGCGACAUUGCCAAGACCGAGGAAGACCUGGUCGCGGCCACGGAACGAAAGGAAAUCGCAAAGGAAGAAUGGGGACCCCAGCUCGAAGCCCUUGAACGAGAGGUACGUGGUUCUGUUCUGUUCUGUUCGGUUCGGUUCGGUUCGAUGGAAAGGAAAACGAGGGGUCGGUCGGACCAGAGCUCUGGGUGGAACCCGGGAGAUUCCCUCUGGUCUCGGGACGGAAGAGCCCGCAAAAGCCGCGAAUGCAGUGCAUCGGUUUGCUGACAGCAUUCCUGUUUUUCCCUCUCUCUCUCUCUCUCUCGCAACACCCAUUUCUCCUCGCCGGACAACACGCUUUUGUUUCUGCGGUUCGACGCACGCACAAAUUUCGCACCAUCCAACACACGACACACAGUACACGAACAUCCAGCAGCGAAUGACGGAACAAAACCAGGAGGGCGACUCCGACGCAAAGGUUCGGGUCGUGAAGGGAAUUCUGGAUCUGCUCGACAACUUCGAUCGGGCUUCCGGCGUCAUCGUGGCGGAGACCGAAGCCGACCAGGCCAUCGAGGCGGCCUACAAGCAGGCCUACCAGGACAUCUUGGACAAGUUCAAAGAGAUGGGAGUGACGGAGGUCGAGACGGUCGGAACGGAAUUCGAUUACGAGCUGCACCAGGCGGUCAUGCAAAUGCCCGGGUCGGAAUACGAAGAAGGAUUUGUCUGCCAAGAAUUCCAAAAGGGAUUUAUCAUGGGAGAAUCGCUCAUUCGUCCCGCUAUGGUAGCGGUUGCCAUUUAAAAUAGACCGGCGCAGCCGAUGCAACACCAAUAAUACAGUAUCCAACGA